AUGAACUGCCAGUGCGACUACCCCGCGCGCUACCUCAUCAGCCGUGAUGGCAAGCCGUGCUACACCUGCACUCUCGGGCGCUGCCGCUUCUACGCGCUGGCCCCCGUGCAGUGCGAGGGGUACACCCGCAUCACGCUUGGUGCUCCGGGAUGCCCACUAGCUGACACCGGUGUUGUGCUGCGCUUUGAGGCAGCGGUUCACCCGGCAAACGAGGACGCUGCGUGCUUCACCAUCCGCGUUCAGGGCGAGGCGUCAAGGUGGGAAGCGCUUCGCCUUGACGUGCUGCAGGACCCUCAGUUUGACGGCAUGUGGUACACAGCCGGGCAGGCUUUUCUGUACCCCAUGACGCAGUACACUCACCUCCUCGCCGCUCUCAAGGCCCGGCCACUGCCGCACAUUGCAGUCGAAGAGAUCCCUAACUUCUACUUUCGCUGUGUGGAGCGAAUGCGGCAACUCCCACGGCAGUACGCCGAUGACGUGGCUUCUGGCCGCGCCUGUCUCCCCGACACAGAGGACUGUGUGUAUAAGCUCUUGAGACCGUUCCAGCGGGAUGGUGUACGCUUCGUGCUGGAGCGCCACGGUCGCGCCAUGAUUGCCGAUGACAUGGGGCUUGGCAAGACGGUGCAAGCCAUCGCCGUCGCUCACCACUACAGGGGCGAGUGGCCGGUGCUGGUCGUAUGCCCCAUGUCACUCAUGGAAAACUGGGCGAAGGAGUUCAAUAAGUUCUGCGGUAUCCCAUUUUCACGCAUCGCCAUCCUGCAAGGUGCCAAGGCAACCGCGACGAGCCUGCAAGACGUCGUGAUCGUCUCCUACAGCUCCCUGAAGUGUGUGGAGCACGCCCACUUCAACGUCGUCAUCCUUGACGAGUCGCACUACAUAAAAGCCGGUGCGGCAAAGCGGGCUCAGCACUCCCUCAAGCUCUGUCGCGAGAGCCGCCGCGCGAUCCUCCUUUCAGGCACACCAGCCAUGUCGCGUCCGAUUGAGCUGUACGCGCAGCUGCAGGCAAUCCAGCCAGGCGCAGUGCCGAGCAGGGCUCAGUUUGGUGCGCGGUAUUGCAACUCCUUUGUGGGUCGAUUCGGCAUCGAUCUGACGGGCCACGCUCACGCUGACGAGCUGCACAGCCUCCUGCGCCACUACCUGAUUCGCCGCACAAAGCGCGAGCUUGGCCGCGAGCUGCCCUCUAAGUCGCGCCAGCUUCUCUACAUUUACAUCACGGAGAAGGAAAAGAAGGCACUGGAGAAGCAAAUCAUCGCCUUACGCCAUAGCCUUAGCUCGACAUCGACAGCAGCAGCCAACUCCGCUUUUUCUCUCGUGGACAACAGCGCGGGUGACUGCGCUGCGCGGGCACCAAACGUCUUCGAGAUGAAGAUGGCUACCGCACGUGCCAAGAUACCGGCAGUGCAGGAUUACGUCAGCGGCAUUGUGGAACAGCACCUCCACUCAGGUGAAAAGCUCAUCCUGUUCGCGCACCACCAGUGCAUGAUGGAGGCACUUCGGAGCGCAGUCGAGGCGGUGCAGCCGCUCAAGCCCAUCGACUACAUCUACAUCUCCGGCGAUACGCCACCGGCACAGCGCGAGCCAGCUGCUGAGCACUUUCGAACAGAGGCAACAUGCACAGUAGCCAUCUUGUCCAUGCAGUCCAGCGGCACUGGCCACAACUUCACGUGUGCGUCCACCGUAGUCUUCACCGAGCUCGAUUGGAACCCUAGUACGCACUUGCAGUGCGAGGACCGUGUGCACCGCAUCGGCCAGGCGCAGCCGUGCCGCAUCAAGUACCUGCUGGCUGAGGGCACCUCUGACAGUGUCAUUUGGCCGCUGCUACAGGCGAAACUGAGCGUGACCACAGCCAUGCUCGAGACGUCGAACACGAGCGGGACAGAAAUGCACCUCCACGACGGCGCGGAUAAGCAGAACGUGACUAGGCGCGACGUGGUGGCCAUGAAGUCCUCGUCGACCCCAUCCACAUCGCAGCAGAGCACGCUGGACCAGUUUAUACAGCCUCAGCCCUCGCAAGCGACGCCAAACAGGGAAGAGGAAGUCGAUGGGGUUGUGGUAUCAAUGUUGACGUCGCCGCGGGUCAACGUCCAUUCGCAGCCAUCGACAGGGCACGCGGCACUCGCAUCGCCAGAGAGAGACGCACCACCGCUCUUGCUCACACCGACAUGCCCCUCCCAGAGGCAGCAGCUGUCUUCAACCCUCAUGGACACUCCCAUCUCCGCCUCACGCAGGAGCGCGAGCGGCAGCGGCGUCACUGCCACACUGACGACCACAACGAUGGCACCAACAACCCCACCAGCGCUGAUUCCGUUCUCUGAAAUGGGCAACAACUUCCUGGUGACCUCUAUGCCACACCCAAGCAAUUUCUCAGCAUCGCGUCGGCCGCGUCUCUCUGCCAGCAGUGGCACCGGCAUGGUACACCCGACCCAGCCACCCGUCUCUCUCUCUACAGCGACACCUGGCCCCACAUCGAGUAGUGCCAACGCCGCAUCUGUGCUGGACCUCAUGCGCCGAACGUCGUCCACAAAAUCGGAUGCCGCAUCCGCAGCAGUGACGCCGUCCUCUUUGGUGCCCUCUGCUGGUGUUUCCUUGGCCGUCGACCUAACUGGAACGGCCUCAACGCAGUCGGUAGUCAUGCAAUCAUCACCAUCGACGGUGUCGCGUCCCGCAGCUGGUGCCGUGGUCCCACCACGUCGCACCGUCUUCACCCUUACCAAAACGAGUCCUAACGAUUCUAUGAAUACACCCGUUGCGUCGAUGGUGACGAGCAGCAGCCCAGUCACCCACGCGCUUCCACAUGCGCUACCGCUGACGUUGCCAGAGGCACCGAAGACCGGCGCUGUUCACGUACCGCUGCGGCCCAAUCUACAUCUGAAGCGGCCACGCACCGAGGCUCAGCACGGUAGAGGCGGCGACAGUGACAUACGCGCCAACACUGCCGGUGGUGGUACAAAGGCGUUUGCGACCACGGCCGUUGCACGAGUAGAGACGAUCUGUGCAACAGGGCCAGCAGCAACGGCUGCUUCGAUUGGGUCGGCAACGUGGGGUCCUUCGGCGUCGCUAGCCGCCGCUGCAACUCUUGCCCCUUCUCCUCCCUCGACCUUGCGGCCUGUGCAUACACAGGCAAUGAUUGUGCACCCUAUUAUGCUAGCUGCGUCGUCGUCGUCGCCCACUCCGUCGCCGGUCUCUACGACGCCCUCUCCUAUCGCCUCUGCACCGCGGCGGACACUUUUUAAGCUCGGGAGUAACGUGUCAGGCGCCCCCUCUUCUCCCCCGCCUGCAAGGCCGCAGUGA